UCUUGCGAACUCUGUGCGGAGACAAUGUGGCACAACUUGGGGCACCUUUCUCCCAUCAAGAUCUUAAGAGCCAGACGCACGCGGUACAAUUCGGGGCACCUUUUGCCCAUCGCGAUCUUGUGAGGUCUGUGCUAGACUGCUGUACCCUGUUGUACCGCCCCAGAAAGCGCUGCCGCCUUAGGCGGCUGCCUAUAUCGCCUUUGCCAGGAUCCGCCAUGGUUCUGAUACCACGUGUCCCUCCCUCUGACAGAUAGACAGAGUUAUAUGUUGAUGUACACAGAUCUACCGUAGAUGAGGUAUUUGGGUUAUCAUUUGCUAAUUGAUCCGGCUCGGCUCGGCUGGCUCUACAGGUUUCGUAGACACUCAAUGCAACUCGACGGCGGCGACCUGCAGCGUUAAAGCCCUCAUUAAUCUACCGACCUGACAGCCUGUCCAGCCAGGCUCAAAGUGUUAACAGUGCGACAAGGUGGGAACUCAGGGGAGUUUUAGGUUUGUCUCCCCAUGACAACGUGUCUCCAUGGUGACUGCCGCUCCAACAGUGAUGCUGAGUGGCGCUCCUCUGAUGAUGAGAGGAACAUGGAGGACGUGGAGCUCACUGAGCUUGGGCCACUGCUGAUGUCUUCAGAGAAUUCAGAGGAAUCAAGUGGUGUGUCAGCGUUUCCCGGUGAGGAUGAAAAUGAAGAUGAGAAUGAAGAGGAUGGUUUGCACGUGGUCACACUGCCCAUGCAGGCGCAUCAUGCAAUGGAGAAGAUGGAGGAGUUUGUACACAAGGUAUGGGAAGGACGUUGGCGAGUUAUCCCACACCAUCUCCUCCCCGAUUGGCUAAAGGAUAAUGAUUACCUGCUCCAAGGACACCGCCCACCUAUGCCGUCCUUCCGUGCCUGUUUUAAAAGCAUCUUCAGGAUUCACACAGAAACUGGAAACAUCUGGACACACCUUCUGGGUCUCAUUCUGUUCCUGUGUUUGGGCACACUGACAAUGCUGCGUCCAAAUGUGUCGUUCAUGGCUCCUGUGCAGGAGAAGGUGGUGUUUGGGAUGUUCUUUCUGGGUGCAGUCCUCUGUCUAUGUUUUUCAUGGCUUUUUCACACUGUCUACUGUCACUCUGAAAAAGUCUCCAGAACUUUCUCCAAGUUGGAUUACUCUGGAAUUGCGUUGUUGAUCAUGGGCUCAUUUGUUCCAUGGCUGUACUACUCAUUCUACUGCUCUCCUCAGCCACGGCUCAUCUAUCUCUCGGUUGUGUGUGUCCUGGGUGUUGCUGCUAUCAUUGUGGCUCAGUGGGACCGCUUUGCCACCCCUCGCCACCGAUGCACACGUGCAGGUGUAUUCCUGGGUCUGGGGCUGAGUGGACUCAUUCCUACAAUGCACUUUACCAUCACAGAGGGUUUUGUGAAGGCGACAACAGUCGGUCAGAUGGGCUGGUUCUAUCUGAUGGGUGCAAUGUAUGUCAGUGGAGCAGCACUUUAUGCAGCACGGAUACCAGAACGCUAUUUCCCUGGACAAUGUGACAUCUGGUUCCAGUCUCAUCAGAUAUUCCAUGUGUUGGUUGUGGGUGCUGCGUUUGUCCAUUUUUAUGGAAUAUCUAACUUGCAGGAGUUCCGUUAUAGCCUGGAAGGAGGCUGCACAGAUGACUCUCUGUUGUAAAAAAAAUAAA